CUCCCGCGGGCCCGGCUGCCGCCUCUGGACUGUCCGGAGAGAACAUGGCGGCCCCCGGCGCCCGGGGCUCCAGCCUCGCGGGCCUGCUCCCGGCUCAGACAUCUCUGGAGUACGCCCUGCUCGACGCCGUCACCCAGGAGGAGAAGGACAGCUUGGUCUACCAGUAUCUGCAGAAGGUGGACGGCUGGGAGCAGGACUUGUCAGUGCCCGAGUUUCCGGAAGGAUUAGAAUGGCUGAACACUGAAGAGCCUAUUUCUGUCUACAAGGAUCUGUGUGGAAAAGUAGUCAUCCUUGAUUUCUUCACCUACUGCUGCAUAAACUGCAUUCAUCUACUGCCUGAUCUUCAUGCAUUAGAACACACAUACUCUGAUAAAGAUGGUCUUCUGAUUGUUGGUGUUCACUCGGCUAAGUUCCCAAAUGAAAAAGUCCUGGAUAACAUUAAGAGCGCCGUUCUUCGAUACAACAUCACCCACCCUGUGGUUAAUGAUGCAGAUGCCAGCCUUUGGCAAGAACUAGAAGUCUCCUGCUGGCCAACUUUGGUCAUACUUGGACCUCGUGGAAAUAUGUUAUUUUCUUUAAUUGGAGAGGGACACAAAGAUAAAUUAUUUUUAUAUACUUCAAUAGCUUUAAAGUAUUAUAAAGACAGGGGACAGAUCAGAAAUCAUAAAAUUGAAAUAAAACUCUAUAAAGAUUCUUUGCCACCUUCACCAUUGCUGUUUCCUGGCAAAGUAACGGUAGACCAUGUUUCUAAUAGAUUGGUAAUAGCAGACACUGGACAUCAUAGAAUUUUGGUCGUCCUGAAGAAUGGGCAAAUUCAGUACAGCAUUGGAGGACCCAACCCUGGAAGAAAAGAUGGAGUAUUUUCAGAGUCAACUUUUAAUUCACCACAGGGGGUAGCCAUAAGGAAUAAUAUCAUAUAUGUGGCAGAUACUGAAAACCACCUUAUAAGAAAGAUUGACCUAGAAGCUGAGAUGGUGAGCACUGUAGCUGGCAUUGGGAUUCAAGGUACAGACAAAGAAGGUGGAGCUAAAGGAGAAGAACAGCCCAUUAGUUCCCCCUGGGAUGUGGUUUUUGGGACAUCAGGUUCAGAGGUCCAAAGAGAUGACAUUCUCUGGAUAGCCAUGGCAGGGACUCAUCAGAUAUGGGCACUGCUCCUGGACAGCGGCAGACUACCAAAGAAAAAUGAACUACAAAAAGGAACCUGCCUUCGGUUCGCUGGAAGUGGAAAUGAAGAGAACCGAAAUAAUGCGUAUCCUCACAAGGCCGGCUUUGCCCAGCCUUCAGGUCUUUCUCUGGCCUCUGAAGAGCCCUGGCGCUGCCUGUUUGUAGCAGACAGCGAGAGCAGCACCGUGAGAGCUGUGUCACUGAGGGACGGGGCGGUGAGGCACCUUGUAGGAGGAGAACGAGACCCCAUGAAUUUAUUUGCUUAUGGUGAUGUUGAUGGAGUAGGAAUCGAUGCCAAGCUUCAGCACCCACUUGGAGUAACCUGGGACAAGAAAAGGAAUUUACUUUACGUGGCAGAUUCUUAUAAUCACAAGAUUAAAGUUGUGGAUCCCAAAACAAAAAACUGCACAACAUUAGCAGGAACCGGAGACGCAAGUAACGUUAUCACUUCCAGCUUUACCGAGUCAACUUUUAAUGAACCAGGAGGCUUGUGUAUUGGAGAGGAUGGCCAGUUAUUAUAUGUAGCAGACACCAAUAAUCAUCAAAUUAAAGUGAUGGAUUUAGAAACAAAAACGAUUUCUGUGCUCCCAGUCUUCAGACCUGAAAACACUGUUGUAGAUGGCCCAUUCCUAGGAGAAAAACAGAAGACAUUACCCAAACUACCUAAAUCUGCUCCAAACAUUCGACUUCCCCCAGUGGCUGCAUCUCCAGGACAGACUCUGCAGUUCAAGCUAAGAUUAGACCUCCCAUCGGGAACAAAGUUAACCGAAGGAGUACCCAGUUGUUGGUUUCUAACAGCUGAAGGCAAUGAAUGGCUUCUUCAAGGACAGAUACCCUCUGGAGUAAUCGAAAGCAUUUCCAGUCAACCAGCCAUCUCACUGCAGAUCCCUGGAGAUUGCCUAUCACUUGAAGCCAUUCUAUCUAUCAGCGUGUUUCUUUAUUACUGUAGCACAGACAGCAAUGCCUGUAUGAUGAAGGGAAUUAUGUUCAGUCAGCCUUUACAAAUAACCAGUGCACAACCAGGGUGCAUAGCUCCAGUAGAGCUCAAGUAUGUAUUUUAGCAAGCCAGCCAGCUACCCAGUCACCAGAGCCCGUGGCCUCCACCCUCACAGUCACUGUACCUUACGAAAAGCAGCUUUAUUUCUGCCUCUGGGUACCAGGAGACCCAUUGCUCAGUUCUAGCAACUGAUACUAAGAUAAAGCUACGCUUCAUAUUUACUUAUCUAUUAUAAACAAAUUCCUUCAUUCUGGCUGUGUACCAGCUAAAUCACUGACCAUCAUUUGAACCGUGAUUUUGUACUUUGUGCUAUUUGGCACAAAACUUAAAUCCACACUGUAGUCUAGACUAUUAUCAUGAAGAUAAUUUGCAAUGAAUACUGAUAACAAUAAUGAAACCAAAUAUUUUAACUUUUUCUAUCUUUAUUAGUAGCGAGUAGCACAUUUAAAUAUAUAAAUUUCACAAUAACUUUAAACAGAACCUAAGAUCCAGUCCACAUGUUGGUAUAAGGACACCUG